GCGCAGGGUUACACAUCAGAUCACUCCACGACGGGACUCGAUUUGUGCAAAAAUGUGACCUGAGCCAAACAUUUAACAUCACAACCACGAAGCCGCUUGUUUGAAAUGGAACCUUCUGCGUGGGAAAUGGUGGAUUAAGGCAUGUACAAACACGAGGCUGAGGUCAUGACCUCCCUUAAAAUAUCUGCAUCCUUUGUAAUGAUCAACGUGCCAGUAUGGUUUAUUAUGUUCCUGCUCUGCCCCGGUGAACUGAGAGCACAGCUGGGGACUACCCCCAACAUUAAACACAUUGUGGUUGGAAGGUGUUACAAUUACAUCACACUAGUUAACUCCAGCCUGAGGUUUGACUGUGAGGAGAUCUGGAGACAGUUUGAGGACGCGGUUGUCCGUCAGUCCUCUUGUAAUGUGACGGUGGAGGAUUAUCAUCACAUGUUUUAUGCGAUGCCACAAACCUGGCCUUGCGAUAGGUUCCUCUUCUGGAGUAAAACCAGGACGCUGAUGCACAGCUACGCAGCUGUCGUGCCUCACUUCUGGACCCUGGAGGACACGCUGGUUGGCUACAUGUUCAACGACCUCAUCUGGUGCGGACAAGAGGAAGACUCCGGUUUUGAUUUCAGUUCUUGUCCGGAGUGGUCGGCAUGUAGAAACCAUCCGGUGUAUUCCUUGUGGAGGCAAGCGUCACAAAAUUUUGCGGAAAUGGCAUGUGGGAACAUCACCGUAUUACUGAAUGGGUCUAUUGUCAACGCCUUCAGUAGGAAAAGUAUGUUUGGAAGUGUUGAACUGGACAGUCUGAACCCAUGCCGGCUGGAUUAUGUCAACAUAAAGGUGGUGACCAAUCUAGAGGGACCUUUUAUAGAGUCAUGUAGUGAAGGAUCCAUUGCAGACCUGAUCCAGAUCCUUCAGUCCAGAGGUUUCCGCUGGACUUGCACAAACAACGAGGAGACCCUGAUGAUCCUUCAGUGUGUCCAGGACCCCAAACAGUCCUCCUGCCAAACAUGUGCAAACAGCCUCUCGCACAGAAAGAGACUCACACAUAACUGACCCCCCCCUGGAGAGUCAGCAUGUAUU